AUGGAACGCCAACACUCUCUUAUGUCAACCUCUUUCAUUAUAUGCGGUGCAUUUUAUAUUAUAUCCAGUGCUUUUCCAAUUAUAUGUGGUGCUUUUGUUGUUAUAUUUGGUACAUUUGUAAUUAUAUGCAGUGCUUUCGUCAUUAUAUGCAGUGCCUUCGUCAUUAUAUGCAGUCCUUUUGUAAUCAUAUGCAGUCCUUUCAUCUUUAUAUGCAGUGCUUUCGUCUUUAUAUGCGGUACUUUCGUCGUUGUAUGUGGUUGUUUUUUCAUUAUGUAACGUUAUUUUUACAUUAUAUGCGGUGCUU